UGUAUAAGAACUCCAUUGGGCUCCCGGCCCAUGUAUCAACAGCCUUUCACCUGAGAGAACCCGAUUAACUGUAGAUUGCACGAUCCGACCACCAGACCCAGAUCUUCCUCCUGUUUCCUCUCCGUGAUCACUUUGCCGCUUCCUUUCCACCGAGACAAAUAAACCCUAACGUUAAACCCCUGUGCAGCUUUCUCCCCAGAAUGCCCUAAUACACCUCCCUAGUUUCCCCCCUGACUAUCCUGCAACUUUCGAAGUCGCGGCUUUACCAGAUUUCUACAACUGCCAGAAGGGUUGCCUCUCUACCCUGGCGCCCUGAUAAUUUCUUACUCAUGAAGGGCAAAGCUCCGGCGAAGCGAGGACUGGGAGGUCCAAACAAGUCCAAGAGCAAUGGCGAUUCAUUUUUCAAUCCCGAUACGAAGAGGCGGCGGAAGGGGGGUUUCCGCGAUGAUGAUAUUGAGUCAGGGGAGUCAGACCAGGAGAAUGGGUACCCUGGCUCGGACGCGAGCUCUGGACACGGCGAUGAGGAUGAAGAGAUUGAUGAAUACGCCGAUGAGACAGCCGCCGAGAAAAAAGUAAGGCUUGGAAAAGAGGCUCUGCAAAAUCUUAUGGCUAUUGAGAAGAAAAGGGCAGAGGAGGACGAUGGGGAAGUGGAAGAAGGAAAAGGGUAUGAGAAGGAAGGCGAGAGGGAUUCCUUAGUUGCUCGGAAGUUGAUGAAGGAACAGUUGGAGGAGAGUGGGCGCUUGAGGAGGGAUGUUGCUUCUAGGGUUCAGAAGCCUGAAACUGGUGAUGGAUUUCGGUACCUAGUGAAGCACACACAUCCUGUCACUGCAGUGUGCCUAUCAGAUGAUGAAUUGAGGGGCUUUUCUGCUUCCAAAGAUGGUUCAAUCGUUAGUUGGGAUAUAGAGAGUGGGAAAAGCGAAAGAUACAAAUGGCCAACUGACAAAAUUUUGAAAUCCCAUGGAGCCAAGGAUCCAGAAGGUCGAGCUACAAAACAUAGUAAAAGUGUUUUAGCGUUAGCUGUUAGCCCAGAUGGCCGGUAUUUGGCUAGUGGAGGGUCAGAUCGGCACAUUCACUUAUGGGAUACUCGGACACGUGAACAUGUUCAGGCUUUCCCAGGCCACAGAGGAGCUGUGUCAUGUCUAGCAUUUAGGCAUGGGACUUCAGAACUCUUUUCUGGUUCAUUUGAUAGAUCGAUCAAGAUAUGGAAUGUUGCAGACAGGACUUACAUAAGCACAUUAUUUGGUCAUCAAAGUGACGUUUUAAAUGUUGAUUGCCUACGGAAAGAAAGGGUAUUGGCUGUAGGACGUGAUCGUACUAUGCAGUUUUUUAAGGUCCCUGAGGAGUCCCGAGUAAUUUUUCGUUCUUCUACCUCGGCUUUAGAGAGCUGUUGUUUAAUUGAUUAUGAGGAUUUCUUCUCUGGCUCGGAUGAUGGGAGUGUCGAGCUGCGGACUGUACAAAGGAAGAAGCCCGUGGACUGUAUCAGGGACGCUCAUGCUAUGCCAUCUGACAUCAGGGAUGAAGAAAAGGACAACCGGAAACCCUCUAAUGCAUAUUCCUGGGUAAGCUCAGUUGCUGCAUGCAGAGGAAGCGAUUUGGCAGCAUCAGGAGCUGGCAAUGGUUCAGUCCGUUUAUGGGCUAUUAAUAGUUCUCCAAAAGUCAUUCGACCCUUGUUUGAUCUUCCUCUGGUUGGCUUUGUAAACUCUAUGGCUUUUGCAAAAUCUGGAAAGUUCCUCGUUGUUGGCAUUGGCAAGGAACCUCGUCUGGGAAGAUGGGGGAAGAUUUCUGAUGCUCAAAAUGGAGUUGUGAUUCACCGAUUAAAGCUUUCGGAGGAGGAUGUAUCUAAGUUUUGACUGAGCAACUUCAGAUCCCUCUCUGUACUACUCAGGUUUACAUAGACAGAUGAGAGAUCCUAAUCAAUUUUGUCCUGGCUCAAUACGAUCCAUUAAGUUAAUUGAUCUUUUCUCCCUUCAUGUUUCUGCUACUCAGUUCAGGUCUUGUCCCCCUUCUGAGUGAAUGCUACGCAAUUCUUGUAUGGUUAGUACAAAAAGGGAGACAGUAAUUGGUAUCUGCACUGCAAAUGGUAUCUGGAAAACAGCCCUUCUCCGGGGAGGAGAAUUAUUUAUUCGUCACUUGUAUGUAUUACAUUGAAAGAAUGAUUGAAGGAAUGAUAUACAAAUCACCAUUUACAAAAGAAUCAACGAAUUUAGAGUGCCGUUUCUUUCUUGUUCAUUAACAUUGCCGCAGAAGAUGCUCGUGGACUAUCUGGAGUUGGGGUUAUGUCCUUGAAGACCUGGAGACGGUUUCUUCUCUUAGUCGUCGUGGUGUUCAUAUUUUUCCCAGCUACGUCGAAGCACAGGCGUCUCAAUGCGGCUGUUGUCCUCGAUAUACCAACUCCGUCAGUUUGGGAAGAUUGCUGCUCGUUCUUUGUAUACCAGCUCCUUACAUCAUUAGCCAUGUUUGCAUCCCAGUUCUCGCCCAGAGUUCCUGUUACAUCAUCAGUCUUCCAACCUGUUGGUAGCUUUCCCAGCUCUGCUUCGGCCUCCUCUUCUUCAACCAUCUCAGCCCAACUCUUGUUCGUACCCACUGGAAACUUCACCAGUAUAUUAUUAUUGUCAUUGUUCCUGGGAGUAGUAGCCGCAGCAGCGGCUUGUGUCCACGGCUUCCUCCAGUCUCUUUCAGCAGGCGAAGGUGAAGAAGAAGCGGCCACCCAUCUUGGCUGGGAUUCCAGCCGAGGGGUGACCAUACUCGCUUCAAUUUUCAACGCAGUAGCUUCAGUCCCUCCCCCACUCGACUGUUGCUGCUCUCCAUGAUUUGUAGUACUACUUGGGAAUCCCUCUACUCCCAAAUUUCCGAAUAAACACCUUCUCGGCUGAGAGAACAGCACCGGUGUCGUUGAAGCGUAGCAAUUCUGCCUAUGGCGGUGCCUUCCGCUGUUCAUGAGGAUGCCAAAGCUUCGAGGCGGAGGAGGUGUAGCAGCAGCAAAAUAGGGGCAUUCCGUCCAGCCAUGGUGAUCACCAACUGGUUGCGUUUGCAAAGAAGAAGCAGAAGGAGGUUCAUCACUUGAUUGGCGUGACUCCAACUCCGUCAGCAUCUGAUAAGCACGCUCAAACGAUUUCGCGUAAGAUUCCUCCAUUGGUUUGUUCCCACAAGAAGUUCUUACGGCUUGAAGCAGAGCCCUUGCUUCAGGGAGCUUGUUCAUGUGCAUCAGACACAAUGCCAAGUUGCAUUGCUU